UCGGAUGGAAUUCAAAUCAACGUUGAAAGUCGCGGACCGGAUCUAGAGGGUCCUUCCUCCGCGCCCGGUCCACGUCGUCGCCUCCUCACGGCCAACGCUAAAGACAAGAAAAGAUGUCUAACGUAAGGUUUGAGUGCCCCACGCGUGUUACCAAGAUCUGGAUCGCUCUCAGAAGACUCGACAAAAAUGAUGACAGAGUGGUGGCUCUCCGGGAGGUCUCCAUUCCUCAUGGAGCUGACAUGUCAUCCAUCGUACAGAUCAUUGCUACCUCCCUUGACCUGAACUCUUCAGAUGUUGUAUUCAAGAUAAGAAACCAGCAAGGAUAUCUGAUCCCUCUGAAUGGUUCCAUCGCAGGAAACAGCAAGCACAUGCCCUACUUACUUGAGGUUGCCAAGAUCUUUCAACAUGUGCAGCCCAACCCUAAAAGCACCCCCAUGGCUGUGAUCAACAAGAGUAUGAAGACCAGAUUGCAAACUGUCGACAAGAGGAUUCAGAGACUCGAGGAGCUUUUGCCUCAGAUAAAACUCAAGCGCAGCGAAAAACUGAGCCAGGAGAUUGAAUGUCUGAACCAGAAGUUGAUGUUUCUCCACAAGAGAAUGCAGGCGGCGGAUUCGCUCACGUGGAAGGGGAUGCUGGCUCGAGCCCCUCUGUGGUGAAGCAUCAAGUUUUCACGUCGGACUCAAACCACGUUCAAGAGCUGUGGAUUGGCGAAUAUAGUGCAGGAGAAUGCAGAUACAUUUUAAGACGCUUGCUGUAUGUUGUAUUUUCUUUUAAAACAUAAAAUAAAGAUUUUAUAGAUUCAUGGAGUUUUGUUUC